AUGAAAAAUCUAACCUCCCUUGGUCUUGGUUCCAAUCAAUUCCAUGUUCCAAUCUCUAGAAAUCUAUCAGGUUGUCUAAGAUUGGAAGCCAUUAAUCUUGCUAGGAACCAUCUCAAUGCUGGAGUACCUGUCACUCUCAAGAAUCUUCAGUCCUUAACCCAACUUUCAGUUUCAAACUCCAGCUUGCAUAAUUUGUCUGCAACACUAGAGUCAGAGCAAAGGUUCAAUCCCAAAGUGGUUAAGUCGACGCAAGAAGCUGCAGAUGCUGGAUCUGUCAUGGAAUCAUCUCAGUGUGUCCCCAUAUCUUAUAUUUUAGAUAUUAGUCGUGUCAAAAUGUCCGUAUUUGUGUCAUGUUCGAUGUUUGUGCUUCAUAGACUUUUCCAUCUACAAGCUUUGAAGGGAACAGGGGUCUCUACUACCAUUAUGGCACUUCAGCAUGAUCACCAGAAGUUGGAGAUCAUUGGUUUUCCAUUUGGAUUUGAUGCUGUUGCUGGUUUUCUUAUAACCAUCGCCAUUUGUUUCACUUCUGGAUGA